AUAAAAUGGAACAAAUGAUAUGGAAUGAUCGUCAAACUUAGCUUGAGCCUUUUUGCGUUCGUACAUAAGUAUCCGCUUCAGUUCGUAGUCAGAGUAGUAGGCAAACUUAUAUCUGGAAGUAUGAAGACCUCAGUGCUGUGUGUGAUUGUCCUUUUCGGUGUUGUCAACUGUGGUCACAUUUCCAGCCAUUCCGGUUCCGGAGGCCAUGGAUAUGGAUCCAGUGGAUACAGUGGCAGUGGGCUAAGGACAAUAGCCCAAGGGUCAGCAAACCAAGCUCACUCCGCUGUUGCUAGUCAGCAUGCCGCCGCGCGUCAAGCUUCAUAUGUAGCCAAGAGUACGUUGGCCCAACAGGCAGUCCAAGCUGCAGCCACUGCUCAAGCUGCCCUUGCUGGAAAGAGCGUUCUUUUGCAAAAUUUGGAGGAACAAAGUGCCGAAGCCCACGCUGCCCUUGAAGCUGAACUUGCCCAGCUAGGCCUAGCUAAACAAGCCGCCUCAGCCGCUGCCACCGUCGCCAAGCAAGCUUCCAGCCAUGUUUCCAUUCUUACAAGUGCCUUGAAUAGCGCUCAGGGAGUAGCUGCCCAUGCCGAAGAAGCUGCAAACCACGCUGCUGCUGAACUAGCUUCACAAACUUCCAUGGUUGGCAAAGCCAAGGCCAGGCUUCAAGCCAUCGAACAUCAACUGAGUCAAGCCCAAGUUGACUUUGCUGCCACACAAGAAGCCGCUGAGAAGGCAUCUGCUGCUGCUCAUGAAGCUCAGAGCAAUGCCGCCGCCGCUGGUGCACAUGCAAGCGCGGAAUUGCACUCAUCAGCUGCCCAACAAAGCAUUGGCCAUGAGGAAUCUUAUAUCCACGAAGGAAUUGAAGGAGGUCAUGAAUACCAUCAUUAAGUGUUAAGAUUUUAGGAACGAAGCAACCAGAUAUCAUAAAUCUGCCAAAAUUCCAGAGACUAAUUGAAGCAUUUUUGUUAAACGUUCAUAUUUAAUUUUUCUGUUAAUGUGAUAAGUGUGAUUUGAAAGAAUGUACGAAAUAUAGAUAUUUUCAAAGAA